UGAACUCAUCUUUCAUUCAGCAGCAGAAGACGAAAAAUUGCUCCGUCUAUCUCUCCCGACUUUUCAUUCCAUUACAGUUAGACUAGACUUCAGAAAAGCACUUCAUGGCCAGGCCUUCAGUUAGGCUACAGAAUGUAAAUGGGGCUCUGCAGCAGGCAUCAUGACCACAGCUAGGUACCGACCAACCUGGGAUUUGGCCCUGGAUCCGCUGGUGUCCUGUAAGCUGUGCCUGGGAGAGUUUCCCUUGGAGCAAAUGACCACCAUCACCCAGUGCCAAUGCAUCUUCUGCACCCUGUGCCUGAAGCAGUAUGUGGAACUUCUCAUCAAAGAGGGCUUUGAAACGGCCAUCAGCUGUCCAGACUCAGCCUGUCCAAAACGUGGACAUUUACAAGAAAAUGAGAUUGAAUGCAUGGUGGCCACUGAGAUAAUGCAGAGGUACAGGAAGCUGCAGUUUGAGAAGGAGGUGUUGCUGGACCCAAGCCGGACCUGGUGCCCGUCCUCCACGUGCCAGGCUGUGUGCCAACUGAAGGAGUCUGACACGGCGCUUCCACAGUUGGUGCGGUGCAGCGUUUGCACACUUGAGUUCUGUUCAGCCUGCAAGGCCAGCUGGCACCCGGACCAAGACUGCCAGGAGAACGUUCCCAUCACCUCGUUUCUACCUGGAGAAAGCAGUUCAUUCUUUAAGGCUGAUGAUGAUGACGCCCCCAUCAAACGCUGUCCUAAAUGUAAAGUCUACAUAGAAAGAGACGAGGGCUGUGCCCAGAUGAUGUGUAAGAACUGCAAGCAUGCUUUCUGCUGGUACUGCCUGGAGUCUCUGGACGACGACUUCCUCCUGAUCCAUUAUGACAAAGGACCCUGCCGGAACAAAUUAGGCCACUCCAGAGCCUCGGUGAUCUGGCACAGAACGCAGGUUGUUGGAAUCUUUGCUGGUUUCGGCCUCCUCUUACUGGUAGCCUCUCCAUUCCUGCUGCUAGCCACACCAUUCGUGCUGUGCUGUAAGUGCAAGUGCAGUAAAGGCGACGAUGACCCUUUACCCACCUAACAUCUCGGCGUGAGCAGUCCCUGUACGAGGAAUUCCGGUCAUCUCCUUUAAUCGUUUUUCUUUUCCUCCUCCGCCUUCGAGCUCUUCAUCAACCGGUGGGACUUGCGCAGAGCCAUCUCACGCCACGGUUACUGUCACAGCUAGCUGAGUAGGCUCCAUCCCGACAGGCCUGAUGAGACUUAAGCAGACGUCAUGAGCCUGCUGCUUGCUUAGGUGGAGGAUUCGACAGGUGGGGGUUCCCUUAGCGCAGUAACAAAAGAGACGUUACCGAAGGAGCACAGUGCUGUUCCAUCCGGGCGCUUGACUAUUUUGUGGAUCUUUCGCAUAUGUGGCUCUUAUGGAGGGUUCUGUUCUAACAGAAAAUAUAUUCAAUUUGUUUGUCUGUCUGUUUCUAUGUGCAUAGUAGCAUUUCAGUCACACGGCCUAUUCUUUAUUACUUGUUUUGCACAGAUAAGGGGCUUUUCUCUCACUUCAAAAGCUCUGAAGUAGAUUUCUCUUUUUUUGGCUCAAAUGUACAGCUUAAUACUACUUUACGUGUUUAUUAAAAGCUAAAUUGUAUAUUCAGAACUUUUUGAAAGCACUUUUUUUUUCCUUUUCAUGUCAAGUCAAUUGGGCCCUAUCAUACACCCUGCGCAAUGUGACACCAGGCGCAACGCAAGUGUUUUUUGCUAGUUUCAGCCCGACGCAUUUAUCAUUUUCACAUCUAGCACCACGUUAUUUAAAUAGCAAAUGCACUCGCGGCCAUCUGUUCGCCCAUGGGCGUGCUGGUCUGAAAACAAGGUGUUCAGGUGCAUUGUUGGCGUGUUGCUAUUUUGAGGCAACUGAAAACGACUGCGCCAUCGACCAAGUAUUUGACGCAGUUUUUGUUAUUUAAAGGGUGCGUUCAUAAUAUGCGCCUAUAAGCAGGUGCACAAAUCGCGUACAUGCAGCACACAAACAUGCCAAAUAUUAAAAAUAAAAGGAUUACAAUGUAAAAGAUUAUUAUUGUGUACAUAAAAAUAAAAAUGCCUACAUGUCAUAAUGGAUAGUCAUUGCAUGUAUCAGAAUUACCUAUUUGCAGUAAUGACGAAUGAAAUUGGCUAAUUAAUUGGCUAAUUAUUUGGCAACACACACAGGUCAGGUUAAGGGUGUCUAUAUGCCACCAUGUAAAAAACGCACAUGACUUUUGAAGGGAAUGGGAAAUGACACUGGUCGUUUGUGAUUGGUUUAUUGCACGUUACGCCCAAAACACACCCAUGACUCAUUAAGAGACUAGGUACAACCCUUUUGGACCAUGCGCCUGGUGCACCGACCAUUUUUUCCGUUGUUAAACUAGCAAAAGUGGAUUCGGACAAGCCCUAAGUGCACCCGCACCAUUCACUUCGAUCGUUAAAAUAGGGCCCAUUGUCUUUCAACUAUAGACAAACCUAGUUUGAUUUGUCAGAUUUUGGCUGUUAAUGUCAUCAGGAGAUGAUAUUUGCCAAUUAAAUUUCUCUCAGUGCACUAAAACACAAUUUUUAGCCUUGAGAUUGAGUCACUGACGUCCCUGGAUUUAAAGCAUAAAUAUGAUUCCAAAGCAGGGCUGUUGUGCGAGUUUACAAUGCCAAAUAUUGACCCACUGAAAGUGUCACUCAAAUGACACUUUAAGCUUAUCUGAACACCCAACAUCUAAAUGCGAACUGUCAAAAUACUGCAACAAAAUAGAAAGUUUUUAGUUAAACUUGACAGUGUUGGGGGUAACGUAUUACAAGUAACGCGAAUUACGUAAUCAGAUUACUUUUUUCAAGUAACUAGUAAAGUAAUGCAUUACUUUUAAAUUUACAACAAAAUAUCUGAGUUACUUUUUCAAAUAAGUAACACAAGUUACUUUGUUUUCCCAUUUAUUGACUGACAGCUCUCCUGUCUCCUGUCCAAAAAAUCAGGAGUAAGUGCAAAGGUGUUGUGUGCGCUGAGUAAACAUAAUGGUUAAUCUAGACUAGUUCUAGACUAAAUGUGAGCAUACAUUAACUCAUUUAUUUCUCCUGCGUGUUAUUCUUCUUUAUUCCACAAUGGCAGCACAGCUGAAAGGCUUGUUUGUUUGAGCUGCGCCUGAGGUUUAUUCAUUUGAAAGGGCCUUUACAUUUACCAAAAAUAGAACUUUUUGUUGUUAUAAAAACAAACAGAUGAGAAAAAUUAACGCAAAAGUAAUGUAACGCAUUACUUUUCAUUAAAAGUAAGUAACGCAAUUAGUUACUUUUUUAGGGAGUAACACAAUAUUGUAAUGCAUUACUUUUAAAAGUAACUUUCCCCAACACUGAAAGUUGAACUCUGUUCAUUUUCUUAGAAUUGUAUUUUUUUUUUUAUCAGGGAGUACAGUUUGUAUCUCUUGCAUCAUUUUGGAUUUUGGAACAGUCACUGUAAUUCUGGCUGGGAUUAUACACUGAUUUCAAGACUGUUUGGCUUAAACAUAUUUACAAGUCCAGCACUGUAUCUAUGCAAGUUCAUAUAACUUGAAGAUUAAAAAAAGUGGUUUCUGCUGUCUUGAACUGAAUGCUUGCUAUGGGCAAGCUAGUGUGCUUUAGUUAAAAGGAAGAAUAUGUCAAAUUAUGUUCAAAACUGAGUUGAUCAGUUUCUGAAAAGCCAUUAAAAAUACUUUUAUUUUGUUUCAUGUAAUACUGGUUUUAAAAUAUAGGUAUGAGACUAAAUGUCAGCAUCUUGUCUGCACCACCUGGAAUAGCAAGCGUAUGUUCAAAAACUGUUGUGCCAUCAUAUGUAACUAGAAAUUUUCAAAUCAGAGCACCUGUGUAGCUGGAUAUUAUGUAGCUCAUUAGGUUUCCUCAAAAUCUUUGGUGCGAUUUCCUCAUCUGCCAUUUUUCGUUCUUGUUAUGUAAUGGAAGUGUGCCAUCUUGGAGGUUGAUAUGACAAAGUGAAUGUUUUUAUCCUUCUGAAAGCCACAGUAUUUAUAAAGUUGAUUUCUGGUGAAUAUUUGAUGUUAGUCUCCUCCAUCCUUUGGUAGCAAUCCUGCUUUAGCCUUAAAGUUUUUGAGUACCUCACUGGUUUUCUCUCCUGUAGCUGAGGGCUUUAUGGUUUUUUUUGUUUUUGUUUUUCAUCAAAUUUUUAUUAUUUGUUUAUGUAUUUAUCCUCAGGUCCUCUUAGAUUAAAAAUGUUGGCACUUUUUAACUUGUGAGAUGUUUAAAGGUAUACCUUUAUGCAUAUGUAUUUAAAAUGUCGUAUAUGAAAUGGCCAUGAUAUAAAUCUCAAAACUGAUUUUGCUACAUUACUCUGAUUUGUAAUCAUAAGUAAAUAUCAGCAUGAUAAAAUUAAAGCACAGCAUCAUUGUCAGUUAUGAAUAGCACACAAGUUACUCGAUCCAGCUGAAUCUAAGUAUGCUCAUUAUUCAGCAAGAUUUGGCCAUUUCAUGUAAAGGAAUGCUUAUAUAUACAUGUAUAUAUUGACAAUCGUGCCAAGCAGGUUUUUAAGACAUCGAUGAGCGAACUUUUUUUUGACAAUAUGUACUCAAAACAGAUCUUCGAUGUUGAAUGGGCUAUAUAAAUUUAGCUACUUGUGUUUCAUUUGUAUAUUUUUUUUUUUUUCUUAUAAUAGUCCAUUUGAUGUUCUUUUUUAUUGUAUGCAGUGUUUAAGAAAUAUUCGUUGUACAAAAAAAUCGUUUCCUUACUUCAGGGUUAUUGAAUUCUCAUUUUUGGCUGUUCAUUCAGUCAAGCGCUUUUUUUGUUUUUGUUUUUUGGGGGUUGCGUUUCUGUUUUAAAUGUAAUUUGUUCCUAAAUCUAAUUAGAAAUAAUUGUGGCUUUACAUGUAAACUGGGAAAUACUCAGUGACGUACACUAUAGAUCUUGCAAAUAGCCAAAAACUGUAUUGUUCCUGUUUGUAGGAAUUUGCUUGUUGCAUAAAACUUAGCCUUGCAGAUUCACAGAUCUCCAGAUGAAACUCCUGUGAGCUCUUAUAGUUUGGAGUUAUAGCAAGAAUUUGGAAAGCAUGUCUUUUUUCAUUUUCGCUAUAGUGGUCUGUUUGUAUUGAUGUCUGUCUUUCACAUUUGACUUUUGCCUAUUCCAAAUAUUAAUGUUUUAUUUGUUUUGACUUGUACCCCUGUAAAACAUGACUGGAUUUUUAGGGACCUUGAAAGUGCCCCUUUGCCAUUGCUUUUAAAACUGGUUUUGCCUUUCACUCUUCCUUAGAUGGCCUUUUUAUGUCAUUUGUUUGUUUUUGAUACGUCACAAAGGAAAUAUGUAUUUUAUUCUGUGUAAGUCAGAACCAAAUUCCACUUGUACAGUUGUAUGUAAUUGCAUGUAUGUGAAGUCUUGAGGGGGAAAAAAAAAUACAACUACAAAAAUAAAACACAUUUUGUAUUGUCUGUGCCACUAACACUGUGACAUUAAAAUGUAUUCAUGUUCAUCAUUUUUUUCCACGUUAUUUUGUUUAUAUUUGCAUUUUGGUUCUAAUGUCAAGAAAACAAUUUAGUAGGCCACUGUAAAAAAAUACAAUUAAAAACAUUGAUUUUAAAAAAAUAUGUAAUUCAGGAUGUGCUGAAAAAAUAAAAACGGUUUGCCAAA